AUGUCAGACUGGGGGAGGAGGGGCCAGGAGGCAGCGAGACCAGCACUGGGGCGGAGAGGAGGCCCAGGCCCCGAAAACGCGCGUGCGCAGGACCCCUCCUCCCUCGCACCGCUCACGCAGCGCGCAUGCGCGCCGGAGGGCUGCUGCGCUUCCCGGGGCUCACCAGCCCGGGAAUCAUUAAAUGGCGCGGAAGGAGGGAAAGUUGACUCUCCGGUCUCUAGAGCCGCAGGGGCGAUGAGCGGCGACUUCCGGAGGGCGGAGUCUGGGACGGAGCUUCUUGCUCGACUUGAAGGUAGAAGUUCCCUGAAAGAUAUAGAACCUUUUUUGUUUGCUGAUGAAGGCUCUCCUAUCCAUGGUGAUAUACUAGAAUUCCAUGGUCCAGAAGGAACAGGAAAAACAGAAAUGCUCUAUCAUCUGACUGCAAGAUGUAUCCUUCCAAAAUCAGAAGGUGGAUUAGAAGUCGAAGUCUUAUUUAUUGACACAGACUACCACUUUGAUAUGCUUCGGCUAGUUACAAUUCUUGAACAUAGACUGUCCCAGAGCACAGAAGACAUAAUAAAACACUGUCUUGGAAGAUUUUUUCUCGUGAAUUGCAGCAGCAGUAACCAGUUACUUAUCACCCUUUACUCACUGGAAACUAUGUUUUGUAGCCACCCAUCCCUCUGCCUUUUCAUUUUAGAUAGUUUAUCAGCCUUCUAUUGGAUAGACCGGGGCAAUGGAGGAGAAAGCGUUAACUUACAAGAAGUUACUCUGAAGAAAUGUUCUAAAUUCAUGGAGAAGCUUGUAAAAGAAUAUCACUUGGUUCUCUUUGCAACAACACAAACUAUAAUGCAAAAAAGUUCAAAUUCAACAGAAAGAUCAUCUUCCUUAAAACUCUCUUGUGAAGAAGUAGAUAUAGACUAUAGACCCUAUCUUUGUAAGUCAUGGCAACAAAUGGUAAACCAUAGAAUAUUUUUUUCCAGACAUGAUAAUUCUGGAAGUAGCAACCAAAUGUUUUCAAUAGUGUCAUGUCAUCUAAAAAGCAACAAUAUAAUAAAGCGUUUAUUUAGUAUUAGAGAAAAUGGGGUUCAUUUUUGUUAAUCUGUAUCAGAAACGGCCUACAUGCAGGUAUUGUUUUCAAGGUGUCUGAAAAUUUCUUCCCCUUGAUGGUAAUGCUUUGAUGAUAUAUCAGCAUUUCUGAAUUUUAAAUACUGAAAAGGUUAACAUAUCAAUAUUUCUAUAUAAAUUACUGUGUUUCUUAAAUAAGAAUAAUUUCAGGUGUAAGGAAAUACAUUUUCUGUUCUUAGGUCAUCAUGGGCUAAAUAAAUAUCAGUGCUUUGAUUUUGAUUAAAACCUAUGCAAAAGAUAAGUGUAUUUCAGUUUAAA